UUAACAGAACCCGAAAGGAUCUCGUGGUUUGAGAAAUAUGAAGAAGAAGAAGAGAGGGUAAAGUCCAAUCCUUUCCGCCGGAGCCGUCCAAUCCUUCCCGCCGGAGCCGUUCAAUCCUUCCCUCGACCCACUCCAACCCAAAACUAGACCUCCUUCUUUAUCUCUCAAAUCGUUAAUGGCCGUUUCUGCCAGAGCUUUUCUGAUCUCACGCUUCGCGGCUGUUGAUCACUCCAUCAACCUUCUCCAGUCGCCGCCGCCGCCGACGCCGACGAAAAAUCUUCCCUUUACCAACAACCAUCUUCUCAUCCGACCCAUACUACUCCCAUCCGCCUUGAGAAAACGUUCCGGAGCUGCAGUUAACUGUCUUUUCUCCGGCGUAGACGGUGGAGGAGGAGGCGUCUCCGAUGAUUUCGUCUCCACUAGGAAAUCCGGGUUCAGUCGAGAAUUCUCUGUAAUUGCAAACAUGCUUAAGAGGAUCGAACCAUUGGAUACAUCUGUAAUUUCUAAGGGGGUCUCUGAUUCAGCUAAGGAUUCUAUGAAAGAAACUAUCUCCGCUAUGUUAGGAUUGCUUCCUUCUGACCAAUUUUCUGUCAUAGUUAGGGUUUCUAAAGCUCCCCUUGAUCGCCUUCUCGUGUCCUCCAUAUUGACUGGGUAUACACUGUGGAAUGCAGAGUAUAGAAUAUCAUUGAUGAGGAAUUUUGAAAUUGAUUCAGAAGGGGAGGAGAAGAUUAGUAAAGUUGAAAGCUUUGGAUCAUUGUCUCCUGAAGUUAGAAACUAUAUUCAACAGUUGGAGUCCGAAUUAACUAUGGCUAACAAGGAAAUGGAUUCCAAGAAACAAGCAAAUGUGAAGAAUCACAAUGAUCUAUUGGGUUAUUUGAGAUCAUUGGAAUCUUAUAUGGUGAGUGAAUUGUCACAACCAUCUUCAUUAGAAGUUGAGAAAAUUAUUCAUCAGCUUGUCCAGAAUAUUCUACUGCAAUUCUUUAAAGAAGAAGAAUCAAAUGGAGAGAGCAUAAGCAGCACUUCACGUGAUUAUCUAGCAAAGCUUCUUUUCUGGUGUAUGUUAAUGGGUCAUCACUUGAGAGGUCUGGAGAAUAGAUUACAUUUGAGUUGUGCUGUUGGUUUAUUGUAAAGAACAUGUAUAUAUAUAUAAUUUUGUCAAAAAAUUUCAAUAAGAAUUUGAUUGUCUCUUUAUUACUCUGUUUCUAUACAA